AUGGCCCUCUCCUCCCCAGGGACGCUGAACCUGGAGACUGUGGAUGGCUCGGACCCUGACCCAGCCCUGCUGCCGGAUAGGGAGCAAUGGCCCCCGCCCUGUGAAAUCCUCCUGGACCCAGAGGCGGAGCACAGUCUGGACAUCAUCCUAGUGGGUUCCAGCGAACUGUCAUCCCCACCAUCACCUGGGCCUCGCAGAGAUUUUAUUGCAUAUGAAGUCAAGGUCAACCAGCGAGACAUAGAAGGGGGGGAUGUGUGCUCCGUGCAAGGUAAGCAGGGAGGCGAGGGUGGCUUCGUGGCGGCCUCAGGGCAGUGUGGGCAGCCUGGCUUUGCCCUCACCAAGGACAAGUUCCUGGAGUGCCUCUUCCUGUAUGACGACGACGGGUACCAGUCUUACUGCUCCAUCUGCUGCGCCGGGGAGACGCUGCUCAUCUGCGAGAAUCCCGACUGCACCCGAUGCUACUGUUUCGAGUGCGUUGACACCCUGGUUGGCCCCGGGACCUCGGGGAAGGUUCACGCCAUGAGCUACUGGGUCUGCUUCCUUUGCCUGCCCUUCCCCCGGAGUGGGCUGCUGCAGAGAAGGAGGAAGUGGCGGACGUGGCUGAAGGCCUUCUAUGACCGGGAGGCGGAGAAUCCCCUUGAGAUGUACAAAACUGUGCCUGUGUGGAAGAGAGAGCCCAUCCGGGUGCUAUCCCUUUUUGGGGACAUCAAGAAAGAGCUGACGAGUCUGGGCUUUUUGGAAGAUGGUUCUAAGCCGGGAAGAUUGAAACAUUUGGAUGACGUCACCAACGUAGUGAGGAGGGACAUAGAUGAGUGGGGCCCCUUCGACCUCACCUAUGGCUCCACGCCCGCCCUGGGCCACACCUGCGACCAUCCCCCGGGGUGGUACGUGUACCAGUUCCACCGCAUUCUGCAGUACGCGAGGCCCCUGCCUGGCAGCCCCCAGCCCUUCUUCUGGAUGUUCGUGGACAACCUGGUGCUCACGGAGGAGGACCUGGAUGUGGCCACUCGCUUCCUGGAGACUGACCCGGUGACCAUCCAGGAUGUCCGCGGCAGGACUGUCCAGAACGCCGUGCGCGUGUGGAGCAACAUCCCUGCUGUGAAGAGCAGGCACUCGGCUCUGGUGUCCCAGGAGGAACUCUCCCUACUGGCUCAGGACAGGCAGCGAGUGAAGCCCCUUGCCCAGGGCCCGGCCACGCUGGUGAAGAAUUGCUUUCUCCCCCUGAGAGAGUAUUUCAAGUAUUUUUCAACAGAACUCACUUCCUCUUUAUGAAUGAGUCAUUCUACUGUGAAAAAAAAAAAAAAAAA